AUGCAAAUAGUACCGGUCACCCUCGAAGCGGACGGAAAAACAUUAGAAACGUUUGGAUUCCUCGAUCCGGGAAGCCAAACGACUUUGAUUUUAGAUCGCGCUUCAGAACAGCUCGACCUCGACGGCGAUGAAGAAAUGAUAAAGCUAGGAACGUUUCAUGGAGACGACCCGACCAUCAAAAUGAAGAAAGUUAAGUUCAACAUCCAAUCAAGAGACGGAAGCCGAUCGUUUCCUGUAAAAAAGGCGUUUUCUGUUCCCAAGCUUAACAUCAACGCCCAGCAGAUUGAAUGGCCAGUCACAAAGCGUGAAUGGGGCUAUCUUCAAGACGUGGACCUGCCGCAUAUCGACACCAACAACGUGACCAUCCUCAUAGGCAGAGACGUUAUGCGCGUCCAUGAUGUACUGGAGCAUCGCAGUCCACCCGACGGAACCGAAGCACCAGACGGAAUCUUAACUCAUUUUGGAUGGAGCAUCGCAGGUCCCGUUCCAGAGUCACUUCUGAAGCGACAAACUUAUCGGCCCAUGUCAGUUAUGCACAUUUCACGUCAACAAUCCGACGAGUUCUUAAAUGAAGCUGUCCAGCGGUUCUGGAGAACGGAAUCGUACGGCGUCGGACUUUCUUCUCAUCAAAACCUACCACCCGAUGAUCAAAAAGCGCUUCGCAUUCUCCAAGACACCAUCCGGCACACUGGCGAGCGCUACGAAGUCGGAUUGAUGUUAAAGAAUCCGGAAUUAAAUCUUCCGAACAACGCUGAAGUCGCCUUCCGUCAUUUCGCGUCAUUGGAGCGCCGCUUUAAAAAGGAUCCGGCGUUUGCUAAGAGUUAUGCGGCCGUCGUCAACGAGUACAUCGCGGCCGGCCAUGCAAAACUAGUCGACCCCAACUCUCCUUUCACUCGCGGCCAUGUAUGGUAUCUGCCGCACCAUGGAGUCACAGCGGCAAGCAAGCCCGGAAAAGUUCGGGUAGUUUUCAAUCCGUCGGCGCGCUUCCGCGGCACAUCAUUAAAUGAAGAGCUGUACAAGGGUCCGGAUUUACUUACUUCUCUCAUCGGAGUAUUAUUGCGCUUUCGGUUGCACCCAUGUGCAAUUUCUGGCGACAUUCAGAAAAUGUACCAUCAGGUACAAGUGCCGGAACAUCAACAAUCAUUAUUGCGAUUUAUCUGGAGAGAACCAGGCAGCACGGAAGACCCACAAACAUUUCAGAUGACCGUUCACGUCUUCGGAGCUGUCUCCUCACAGACAAGUUGCAUUUAUGCUCUGCGACGGACUGCCGAAGACUUUGGACCCCAAUACCCAGGAGCCGCGGAGAAAGUAUUGAAGAACAUCUACGUAGAUAAUUAUCUGGAUUCAGCCGAUACGGAAGCUGAAGCCAUCGCCCAGCGCCAGGAAGUAACUGAUCUUCUCAAGCACGGAGGAUUCAACAUGGUGCAAUGGAUGUCAUCGUCCCGUCCCGUGUUGGCCUCUGUCAAUCAGGCUGAUCGAGCAAGAGCGCUGGAUAUCACCACCGAUCCUUUGCCUGUCGAGCGCACUCUCGGAAUUCUUUGGGAUUGCCAGCACGACGCCUUUAUGUUUAACUCCAACACCCGACUCGAUGUCAAAACGAAGAGGCAAGUCCUGCAAGAGAUUGCCUCGAUCUUCGAUCCAUUAGGAUUUCUUGUUCCAAUCGUGAUGGUGGCAAAAAUCUUAAUGCAAGAUAUCUGGCGAUCCGGAGUCGAAUGGGACGAUCAGCUCCCACAGGCCCUUCUCGAUGUUUGGAAGCGGUGGGUCGCUGACCUUCCCGCCAUCUCAACCCUGAAGAUUCCCCGAUGCUUUCGUCGAUCGACCCUGCCGUCAGAAUAUCAACUGCACGUCUUCACGGAUGCCUCGGAAUUAGGAUUUGCCGCUUGCGUAUUUCUUCGCGCGUCGUACAGCGAAUCCCACGUUGGCCUCACUCUGAUUAUGGCAAAAUCAAGAGUCGCGCCUCUCCGCCAACUGUCAAUUCCGCGGCUGGAACUUCAAGGCGCAGUUCUCGGCGCCCAAUUAUGUGCCACCGUCAUCAAGGAUCUUGGCCCGAUGGCAUCCGCCGUUUAUUAUUGGUGCGAUUCACAGACAGUGCUACAAUGGAUACACUCGAAAACGUGUAAAUACCACGCCUUUGUCGCCCAUCGAGUGACAGACAUUCUGGAUAAAAGUGAAGCGACUCAAUGGCGUCACGUCCCCGGUGAGCUUAAUCCCGCCGACGACGGAUCCCGAGGUGUGUCCGCUGCCUUCUUCACCACCCAACAUCGCUGGUUUCGCGGCCCUGAUUUUUUAUUGAUGCCUGAAAUGGCCUGGCCGCCACCGAUGAACAUUGCCGAGCCGGCAAAUGACGACCCGGAAGUCUCACCCGCCAAAUGGAUUGGUUCUAUUCGAGUUCCGACGCCUCAUCCCAUUUUCGAGUUGAUUCAACGUUCUUCCGACUUCAUCAAAAUCAAAAGGAUCGUCGCCUGGCAGCUGCGCUUCCUUCGGAAUCAUUCUCUUUCGCUGAAAAAGUGUGUCAUCCCGUUAUCUCGAUGGCUCACAGCUCCGGAAUUGCGUGAUGCCCAAACAUUAUUGAUUCGGGUCGAUCAGGAACAUCAUUUUGCCGUAGAGAUUCGUUUUUUACGCAAAGGAAAACCCGUGCCAGUCACAUCCAAGCUGGCCACGUUGACCCCCUUUAUAGAUGCUUCCGGAAUUAUCCGGGUAGGUGGCCGGAUUCAACAUGCUUGUCUCCCUGAAGACACAAAACAUCCCAUCGUCUUGUCUUCCGACAGCCAGCUGGCGACGAUGAUCAUUCUCGACCUCCACCAUCGACUGACUCACGCAAAAACGGAGCGUUUGUUACAUAACCUCCGGGCGACGUAUCAUGUUCUGCAGCCGCGGGCCACCAUCAAGAGAGUGAUUCGUCCCUGCUUCGAUUGCAAGCGACGCGACAGCCAACCAGUGUGUCCACUCAUUGGUCCGUUGCCGGCCAGCAGAAUUAAAACACACCAGUGGCCGUUUUCUCACGUCGGAAUCGACUACUUCGGUCCGUUGUACGUCUCCAUGCUCCGACGGACUCUGAAGCGGUACGGAGUCAUGUUUACUUGCCUGGAUUGUCGAGCCGUCCACCUUGAACUGGCUGAUUCCAUGGACCUUGAUUCGUUCAUGAUGGCGUUUUCCCGUUUUACAGACCGCCGUGGAGUUCCUCUUGUCUGUUACAGCGAUAACGGAACCAAUCUAGUGGCUGGCGAACAAGAGAUCCGGGAUGCGAUCGCUCAAUGGAAUCCGGAAGCGUUGGCAAAUAUAUGGCUGAUCGAAACAUCGAAUGGCGAUUUAGCCCUCCCGCUUCGCCUCAUUUCGGCGGGUCAUGGGAGCGGAUGA